AUCGUUAUUUCAGCACCAUGGACAACUCAUUUGCAAUCUUCCUGCACUUCCUUUCAAUUGUGAAUAUUAGCUCUGUUGAUUUUAUCUCUCUAUUAAGAUAAAGGUAAAAGACACGUGACUAGCGUGUGUGCGUGUUUGUGCGUGCAGAUGCAGCGCCCCCUUUUGUCUUGAUGGUGUUCACUCUGAUGGUGCGUUCACUUGCUCCUCAGUGUGCAGCCCAGAGCGGAACAAGCUGGCGGUAGCAGGAAGACAACAUUCUGGAGUUCCGUCCAUGUGUCAUUUGAAACACAAUCAAUGUCCACGAGAGGGCUUUUUAGGCUCUGUUAAAUAAAAUUAGCCUCUUUUUUGUAUUUGUUGCAACUUUUGCGACCUUUUUGUAAUCCUUCGGUUGCUUUUUCAAGUUGUGGACGUUUUUGAGGACAUGUCUCGCAAGAAGGCUUCCAGGGGUAAAAACACAAGCAGCCCCGCCGGGAAAGGCAGUGGCGGGAAAGGUGCGCGGAGCAGCGCUGGUCUUGUGCAGAUGAACGGGGUGGUCCACCCCAGCAGACCCCCCAUCAGCAACAGCAGCGAGUUUUAUGACAUUGCAUUUAAGGUGAUGCUCAUCGGGGACUCAGGUGUGGGCAAAACCUGCCUGUUGGUCCGCUUCAAGGACGGAGCUUUCCUGGCCGGUAGCUUCAUCUCCACAGUGGGCAUCGACUUCCGGAAUAAAGUCCUCAAUAUUGAUGGAGUCAAGGUCAAGCUGCAGAUCUGGGACACAGCCGGGCAGGAAAGGUUCCGCAGUGUCACCCACGCUUACUACCGCGACGCCCACGCUCUGCUUCUGCUCUAUGAUGUCACCAACAAAGCAUCCUUUGACAACAUUCAGGCGUGGCUGACGGAGAUCCACGAGUACGCCCAGCAGGACGUGGUGCUCAUGCUGCUCGGGAACAAGGCUGAUGCCACUCAUGAGAGGGUGGUGAAGAGAGAGGACGGCGAGAGGCUUGCCAAGGAGUUCGGGGUUCCUUUCAUGGAGACCAGCGCCAGGUCGGGUCUCAAUGUCGACUUGGCCUUCACUGCUGUGGCCAAGGAGCUCAAACAUCGUUCUGCAAAGGAUCCAAGUGAAAACUUCAAGCUGCAGGAGUACGUCAGCAAGGAGGUGCAGAGCGCCGGCUGCUGCAGGCCCUAAGGAGUCUCCUCAGCAAACUCAAGCUCAGGCUGAAUAAAGUCAGACUCUUUGUUAAGAACAGAGCGCUCCCGCAUCCGUCAAGCUCAAGUUGUUCGCUCCACAAGCUUGAGAACGUGCUUUUCUUCUGGAAUAGAAUCCUUGCUGUUGCUCAUGUCCGCCUAAACAAGCAGGCUGCAGGCGAGAAGCGUCCAAUAAAAACACGUACAGUGCAUCCAAAAUGAUACACUGUACGUGUUUUUCAUUGGACGCUCCUGUGAGAGAGCGGGGGGUCUCAACUGUUCUCAUCCUGGGACCCACAUAAGUGGUGAUCAGCUUUUACGGAGCUCAAUGCAAGCUUAAAAUGGAUUUUUAUUUAUAAAUAACCUUCAAAACACACAAUCAAUGGAUAGUUAAUUCAUAUUUGUACAUACACUUUGAUGUUUUUAUUUUGAUCUUUUUUUGUACUCAUGCAAAAUUCAUUUCAGAGCAUAAUAAUAAUGAGAACGAUGAUAAUAGUGAUGAUUAAAUACUUAUUAAUUACAUAAAUACUAAAUCAUACAGUAAUAAUAACAAAUAAAUAUAAGAAGAGAUCAUCUUUUUUUAAAUGAAUACAAAUAUAAUUAAAUGAAUAAUAGGAACUACCAAACUACCAAAAAAAUUAAAAAUAAAUCGAUGGUUGAUUAAUAUUUGUUCAUACACUUUUUUAUUUUGAUUUUUUUAUUGUACACUCAAUUACACAUGCAAAAGUAAUUCCAGAGCAUAAUAAUAAUGACAAUAAUAAUGAUGAUAAUAAUGAUGGUGAUUAAAUACUGAUUAAUUAAAUAAAUACAAAAUAAAUAAAUAAAAUUAGAAAGAAAAUAAAAAUAUAAUAUUGAAAUUAAUAAAACAACUCCAAAAAAAGAUAGUUAAUUAAUAUUUGUACAUACCAAGGAAGAAGAUGCCAAUCAAAAAUAUAUUUUAAAAUUGUAAUUUAAAAGAAAAUGAUCAUUUUAAUUUCUGACUGGUUAUCUGACCCACUUUUGGGUCCCGACCCGCCAGUUGAGAACCACUGCUUACAGAGUUUAGUACAAACAAGCAGUGGGUCACGUCACGCCAGUCACGAUAACAUAAUCCUAGCAAUAUAUCAUAAAGCCACCAUGUUGGACUGAUGGCUCAUAAGUCAACUUCUUGUCUCUGCCGCCCUCUUGUGGUAGACAGACGACUCCAUCAUGCCAGCUGCCGUGUUGGACACAUAAGUGCAGCCUCUUUGAAGUUAUAUAAGCUAUUUAAAACAGAUGUAUGUAAUAUUUCUACAUUUGGGUGUAAAUACUCAUGUUGGUGCAUGUGAAAAUGUUUAAAGAGGACACACUACAGGAUGUUGAAAGUGAAGUAUUAUAUGGACAAAUGUGUAUAUUACUGUGUAUAAUUACUUGUAUUUCAUACCCGUGGUGGUGCAUUGCAUUGUCAUUAUUUAAUAGCUUAUGCAUAUGAGUAAGCAGUGUCAUGUGGUCUUUAAAAACCUGCAGUUUUUCAUCAAGCCAGUGUUCACAUUUUUUCUACACUUGGCUUUGUUGUGGAAAAGAAUCGUUCAGUAAGAUUUGACAUGCAGUGUUUCCUGUACUUUCUCCUCUUUUUUGAAUCUGUGUAACAUCUCUUGUGACAAGUGGAGCUGAGCUUGUACAAUAAAAACAGAAAUUGGGUGUCCUGAAUGAGCCCAACAUUUGCACGUGAUGGACAAAUGUGGCGCAGGUAACAAGAAUUUAUCUUCAUGGAAAUGAGGAAUUCAUGGAAUGUGAAAAGAACACGCCAACAUUUCCUGAAUAAGAUGAACAUUUUGAUUCUGGGAUGAUUAGAAUGGGCGGAAUUUGGAACUCCUAAGUAGGGAUGGGUAGCAAGACUUGAUUCCAUAUGUUUUACGCAGGGGCGUCAAACUGUUUUUUCAGGAAUUCAGUAAAAAUGCAAAGUGAAUAGAUAAAAUAAUACAACAUAAAAUAAUACAUGCGACUUACUUUUGUUUUUUAAAAGUACUGGUUCUGCACCGGGACAGUUUCAAAAGUAUAGAUUUGGCAGUGGCGUCAGAUAAACUGGAAACAAAACCCAUUUUUACUCGUAAUAAUUCUCAAUUUUAACGGGAAACUUUGUAAUGGAAAAUGUGUAAUUACAGGAAGUUUUUUAAAUAAUAUAUUUAAUCAUAUCAUUCAAUCAAAAAACGUGCAAAAAAGUGUCAUGUGAAAAGGACCAAUAAUACGCUUUUUAAAUAUAUGAAAAUACAGACGAAAUACUAGUAGAAGAAAGUCAUAAUGGCAAGAGAAAAAAUAUUAUACACUUGAAAUAUGAAGGACGAGAAUAUGUCAAAAAUGGGGGGUGGGGGGGACAUAA